AUGGGAAGAGGGAAGGUCGUGCUGAAGAGAAUAGAGAACAAGGUAAAUAGGCAAGUGACAUUUUCAAAGAGAAGAAAUGGGCUUCUGAAGAAGGCAUAUGAGCUUUCAGUGCUUUGUGAUGCUGAGGUUGCUCUCAUGAUCUUCUCUAACCGUGGCAAGCUCUAUGAGUUCUCUAGUUCCUCCAGCAUGAUGAAAACCAUAGAGAGAUAUCAUAUGUACAAUUAUAGCUUGCCGCAAACCACUCAAGUAAGAAACCAUGACACUCAGAACACUUAUCAGGACUAUGUGACGUUAAAAGCAUAUGUAGAACUCUUACAAAGUUCACAGAGGAACCUUCUUGGAGAGGAUCUAACCAAAAUGACUUCAACAGAACUUCAGCAGCUUGAAAAUCAAUUAGAGUCGGCGUUGACGAAUAUUAGGUCAACUAAGACUCAGUUCAUGCUUGAUCGUCUUACUGAUCUUCAAAAUCGGGAGAGAGCGCUUGUUGACGUUAAUACGGCUUUAAGAACUAAGUUGGAAGAAAUUCAGAAUUUACAAGUUCCUCUGAGGCUGGCUUGGGAUGGGGAAGGGCCUAACAAUAACAACCAAUGCACUCAUCACUUUUCUCCUCAAUCAGAUUUUACUUUCCAAACUCUUGGGGUUAAUCCCAAUUCGCACAUCGGGUAUAAUAAUCCCAUGGGUGAUGAUGAGGAUGGAAAUGUUGAAGCAUGCGUCUCUGGUUGGAUGCUAUAACAAAAUUCAAUUCAUAUUUUGAGCAUAACCUAAUCUAAAUUGGAUUUGGAUUUGGAUUUGUGACACUAUAAUGAUGCAAAAGGUGGUAAUACUUCCACAAAAUCAACAUUGUAUGGC